CAGGGCCAGCAGCAACAGCCUGCACAGCAAGGAGCCGCCGCCCAACAGGGUGCUGGGGUGACUCCCGCGACUCCCGCUGCUACGCCCGGCGCUGGUCAGGGUGUCAGUGGCAUUGUGCCUACAUUGCAGUGAGUAUCCUUCGUGUAGCAACGUUUUGUUGUUGGCAUGUUGUUGACAUUUCGCGCUUUUAAGGAACAUUGUCGCCACGGUGAACCUUGACUGCAGACUCGAUCUGAAGACGAUUGCCCUCCACGCCCGUAACGCAGAGUACAACCCCAAGCGUUUCGCCGCUGUCAUCAUGCGUAUCCGCGAGCCCAAGACCACUGCUCUGAUCUUUGCCUCUGGCAAGAUGGUCGUCACUGGUGCCAAGUCCGAGGAUGAUUCGAAGCUCGCUUCUCGCAAGUACGCUCGUAUCAUCCAGAAGCUCGGCUUCAACGCAAAGUUCACCGACUUCAAGAUCCAGAACAUCGUUGGCUCCUGCGACAUCAAGUUCCCCAUCCGUCUGGAAGGUCUUGCUGCUCGCCAUCACAUGUUCAGCUCUUACGAGCCUGAGCUCUUCCCCGGUCUCAUCUACAGAAUGAUGAAGCCCAAGAUCGUGCUUCUCAUUUUCGUCUCCGGCAAGAUCGUCCUCACUGGUGCCAAGGUCCGCGAAGAGAUCUACCAAGCCUUCGAGAUGAUCUACCCUGUGUUGUCCGACUUCCGCAAGGCCUAAGUCAACUCCGCGAGGCUGCAUCAAUGCCCGGAGCCAAGACAGAGCCACCAAACAACCCUGCUAAACAACCACAACCCCUUACCGGCACUUGUAACAAUAGCCUCUUCCAUCUUCGGAUGUAUUAUCACCACUACUUCGAGGUCUUGCCAUCCUCAUUGGAUGUGUCUUGAGCAUUGCCCCCGCUUCUCGACACAUACCUCUCUUCCCCCUUUUGCAAUUGCAUGGCGCGGAGUUCCGGUUUCUUUCAAAGCUUUGAGCAUGAAGGCUUUUCUUCUUUUUCUUCGGACGGCGAUUUUCAAAAUCUCUUUUCGGGUCGGUACUUCAGCGAAGAUGGUCGAGUGUCUUUCACAUACCCCUUGGUCUUCUCUUUCUUUUCCGAUACCAC